AUGUCAGCUUCCGGUGAUGAUAGCGAUGCUUUCUUCGCUCUCUACAGAUACACGCCAUCCCUCGAGGCCGCCGCUCUCACGGGAACGCUUUUCUCGAUACUGUCGAUAGCCCAUAUUGCAAAACUGUGGACGACCAGAUCCUUUUACUUUAUACCCUUCGCCAUAGGGGGUGUCUUCGAGGCUGUAGGCUAUUAUGGUCGCAUCUGGUCACACUUUGACAAGAAUGCCAUCGGCGGAUUCGUUGUGCAGUCUCUGCUUAUCCUUGUGGCCCCCGCUCUUUUCGCCGCUUCGGUAUACAUGAUCCUUGGGCGCACGAUCCGAGCUCUUCACGCAGAGCAUCACUCAAUUAUACGCAUUCAGUGGCUUACCAAGCUCUUUGUGAUCGGAGACGUCGUGUCCUUCUUUGCUCAAGGCGGCGGCGGUGGAAUCCAGGCGGCGGGGACACUGGAGCUGUACGAGUUGGGAGAAAAGAUUAUUCUCGUCGGCUUGUUUGUCCAAAUUGUUAUGUUUGGUAUAUUUAUCGUCUGCGCGGUCAUUUUCCACCGCCGCAUCGUUCUGCGACCCACCACGGAGUCUAGAGAAGGCACGAUUCAGUGGAAAAGCCAUAUGUGGGCUCUCUACUGUGUGAGUUGCCUCGUUAUGGUGCGCAGUGCAUUUCGAGUGGUCGAAUAUGCGCAAGGGAACGCAGGCUAUCUUGUCCGGCGGGAGUAUUUCCUAUACCUUUUCGACGCCGCGUUGAUGCUUGUAACCAUGGGAACGUUCUUGGUACAGUACGUAGAUGACCUGAACCCGGCAUCCCAAAGCGCCAUCCCUCAUAUGAACAAGACUCAUGUUCCUUUCAAUAUUCGUAACUGGUGCAGCCAAGCUGGCUCGCUCAUUAUCCCUGUUCGGCAAGUCGGCCAGUCACAGGACUUUGAGGUAGCGCAGAUCCAGGACAGCGUACACAGUAGGGGGCCUUCACCCCCUCCUCACCAUCCCCCGCCAUCAUGUAUGCUGGGCCCGCUAGAUGCUGUACCCCACAGAGGCAGCAUUCGGGCCCCUGCGGCGACAGGGUUCAUAAUGCGGAGAAACGAACAAAACUACACCACCCGCCCAGUGGACGCUUGGAAGACCUGGCCAGACAUACCUUCAUCCCUCCGUUCCACUGGUGAUAGCAUCCAUUGCGAGCUCACUGGCACCGAUACAACUAUGGCAGAUGCGCCCCAAAGGCGAGCUUCGACUGGUGCUGCCGUUGGUGAUGAGGCAAAAAGGGCACGCAAGAGGGCGACGGAUCGAAAAUCCCAGCAGAAUCAUCGUCGUCGGCAAAAGGCCUACGUGAAGCAGCUUGAAGAUUCCAUGCGAGCUUUCGAGCGCCAGUGUGCUGCGAAUCCAGAUGGAAGAGCUGCUGCACUCGUCGAGGCCCACAAGAAAUUGGAGCAACGCUUUGAAAAGGCUGCAUCACUUCUAGAACGUGUGCGUGGCAUCUUGAAUGAUAACUCGGAAGACUACUCGCUCCCCGGGGCAUUUGCAACUGGAACAGAAGACGACGAUAACCAACCAUGCAGGCACUGGGCUGAUGGCCUGGAUGGUCUAGAUUGUCUUGACAGCCAUGAUAAUCACGAUAACGGCACGACAUCGUCCAUGCACCCGUCAAAUAGUACGGCAUCCAUCACUCAUAUUGACACCCAACCCUUGAGUACGUCACCGGAGGUACAAAUCAAUACGGAGACCUACUCGUCAACAGUCCUUGACCUUCUCUCAUGCGGGUUGGACAUGCCAGAUUCAUCAGAAGCACUUGCCCUGGAGCCUAGCACCGAGACAACCCAGGGAUCUGGAGAAGAUGAUAGUCAGAUCGAUCCUAGUUUCUGCUUUGGGGCUAUCAAUGUCCCGGUUCACUAUCCAGAAACACUGCUCAGUGGCGAUAAAGGUUUUGAGCUUUGCCAAGCCAGCGAUGUCGCUGUCGCCUCCGCUGUUGACCCAGCAUCUGCGGUUAAUGUUCCGUCAACGUCCAGUGUCCUCACAAAAAGCAUAAUAUCCAUUGACUGGAAUAGAUGGCCAGCUCUAGCGCUUUAUGCUUACGGACCUCGACAUUCCCCGCCGGAAGGGACGGGUGCCAAGGUUUUGGAAAACAUGGUAUUGGAAGCAAAGGCUGAGCAUGCGAGCGGGCGUUUCAGCCAGGCGAAGCCAUCCCUUCGACGACUACUGACGGACGGCUCAGGAGACGUUUUGGCAUUUCGCCUGUUUCAUUACCUGAGCUGUUACGGCGAGAUGCCUCUGCAUCUGUUCCUAGGCAUAUUUUGGGUGCAGUACCUUGUGCUAAGGUCCCAGUGGCAAGUACUCAAUACCGAGGAGGAUUACACCAGAAUCCCACAGUUCAUGAGACCAGACUCCAUCGAACGGCAAAUUCCACACAGUAUAGUAAUUGAUCUUUUCGUCUGGCCAGAUUUGAGGCACGCGCUCAUCAAACAAUGCGCGGAUUUGGAUGCCGAGGCUAUUGGAAUGGAUUUGGUUAAGCAUCUCAACUCGUCUUGGUCACCCUCUAUUUCUUUAAGUAGCGGGCUGCAAGGAUCGAACAAUCUUGUGGCAAGCAUCGAUAUCAUGCACAUCAUUGAGCGUCAGGCUGCCUCUUGGGAAUUUUGGACAAUAGGCCCUGGUUUUGCUCGUCAGCAUACACAGUUCACCCAUUGUCAGCUGCGAUAG